CCUAAUUGUGUUUUCCACUUGGUCGAUGACAACAUUGAUUUUCAUUCUAGUCGUCCAUUGACUUGAGAAAAAAUUUUGCAAAUUUUGUCAGGUUUCAGCAAUAAAUCCGGAGAGCCAUGUCGCAAGAAGUUGAGGAGACAUUGAAACGCAUCCAGUCACAUAAGGGUGUUGUCGGCACUAUCGUUGUCAACAAUGAAGGUAUACCAGUCAAGUCGACAUUGGACAACACGACCACAGUACAGUACGCUGGUCUCAUGAGCCAACUGUCUGACAAAGCACGUAGUGUUGUGCGUGACUUAGACCCAUCUAACGAUCUUACUUUCCUGCGUGUGCGUUCUAAAAAGCAUGAAAUUAUGGUUGCACCUGAUAAAGAUUUUAUAUUGAUAGUCAUUCAAAAUCCCACAGACUAAAUGGUGGAAUGGAAGUUUUCAAAAAUGGAGCUUCUUAAAUUACUUCUGUAUUUAUUGUAUUCGACGUAUGCCAAGGCGCAUUCAUUAAAAGUGGUGGCACUAGACCCACUCAGCUGAUUUACCAACACCUUUAAUAGAUUCGCCUUGGCGUAUACCUUCGAUUUUUAGUUUGCAUCUACAUAUAUACAGAUCCAUAUACAAUAUGUCUUAAGAUCUGCUUGCAUAUUAUGUGAUUUAAUGUUAGUAUUAAUUUUGAUACGAACUUAAUAAAGCACAAUGCAAAUGCUUUUGAAACUAAAAA